CCCUGUACCUGCGCGUGGCACCACUGUUAACGGGAAUGUGGAGAAGCGAGGGAUUGGCCGUCGAAAGACUCGAAAAUUGUUUUCGUUAGAGAACCGCGUUUUGAAAGUUGAUGCGGCGAUCGGAGCGGAGACCGCGAGUCGCGACAGAUUUCCGGCGUUUACGAUCCGUCUUCUCGUGCCGGGCCCGACGAUGGUGCGAUACGCCGCCCUGAAAGGAUUGUACGACCUGGAGAAGACGAUCGGUAGCGGUGGCUUCGCCAAAGUCAAACUCGCGACUCAUGUCGCUACCGGCGAGAAGGUUGCCAUUAAGAUUAUGGAGAAGACCGCGUUAGGCGAAGACUUACCAAGGGUGAAGGUCGAAGUGGAGGCACUUAAAACACUGUUGCAUCAACAUAUCUGUAGGCUGUAUCAGGUGAUAGAGACAGAUAGUCACUACUUCAUGGUGAUGGAAUAUUGUUCCGGUGGAGAAUUAUUUGACCACAUAGUUGAGAAGAACAGAUUGCCGGAAUCUGACUCGCGCAAAUUUUUUUGCCAAAUAGUGUCUGCUGUCGCAUACAUGCACAAUUUGGGAUACGCUCAUAGAGAUUUAAAGCCUGAAAAUGUUUUAUUGGAUAAAGAUGAGAAUUUAAAAUUAAUUGACUUUGGACUAUGCGCAAAACCCAAGAUGGGAAUUCAGGCACAUUUAUAUACCUCUUGUGGUUCACCCACAUACGCUGCCCCAGAGCUUAUAAUGGGAAAGAAAUAUUUGGGUUCAGAAGUAGAUAUCUGGAGUAUGGGGGUCCUUCUUUACGCUUUACUGUGUGGCUUUUUACCCUUUGAUGACAAUAAUUUAGAGAACUUGUACAAAAAGAUACUUAGUGGCAAAUAUGAGGAACCAUAUUGGUUGUCUAAUAAUAGUAAAAUGCUAAUCAAAUCAAUGUUACAAAUCAAUCCAGCAAAGCGAAUCACCAUUCACGAAUUAUGUCAUCAUCCAUGGGUUACUGGAAAUUCUCUGAAGUCUAUAUCAUUUAUUCACAGAACAGAACUUGAAAAAGAUGACGAGGUAUUGAGUACUAUGUCUGCCAUUUGUGGUGGGAACAGUGUAGAUAUAUGGAAGAAACUUGUGCAGAGUGAUAGAACUGAUUAUAGAACGGCUACAUAUCUGUUGUUACUCGACAGAAAAUUACGUGGACUUUCAUUGAAAAUAACGUCUGCAAUGAAGUCUCAUCUUAAGCAAGAAAUGAAUGGCACAAAUUUUCUACAACGUGAAGUAAUAGUCAAUAAUUUUUUAACUAAACUCGAUCAUUCUCCAAGAAGCAAAAACAUUGAGCAAUCUCCAACGAUUGAUGUCACUUACAACAUUUUGCCCCCAAAAAAUGAGAACUUUAUAGAACCAUGUAUAUCGACAAGAAAAAGAUUGCGAAGCAGAGACUGUGAUGACGUAUCAUCGCCUGUUCCAGCAAAGAGGUUACCUGAAAAUAGAUCAGCUACUCCAACGCAAUCCAUGACACCAGAUACAAAAGUUUCUCAGACAUCUACACCUGGUAGCGCAAGAAAAGUUAUGAUGGGUUUAGAGCGAGGAUUGAAUCGAGUAAGGUGUGUUCUCACCCCGAAAAGGCGAGUGAAGAACGAAAACACCGAUCCUGAUGAACCAAAUAUAUUGUCGGGGAAGGGUCUUUCCAACGUAUCUGCAACAUGCAGUGGUUGUCCAAAACAUGUUCUCUCGAAAUUACGAAGAGCACUUCGGCAAAAGGGUAUAAUGUGCCGUCAGAAAGGAUUCAUUUUGCAAGGAGAAACUGAAGAGUCCUUUACGGAAGAUAAGAAAAACUCGUCGAAAUCGAUUUCCUCGCAGAACUCCUGUUCCUUCGAACUGGAAGUCUGUCUCUUGGAAAUCGGUCCGAACGGCAAGCGAUUAGUCGGCAUUCGUCGGAAAAGACUAAAGGGUGAUGCAUGGGUUUAUAAACGUGUCUGCGAGGAAAUUCUUGCUCUCACGGCAGAGGAUAUUUCGACAGAUUCAGAGGUUUCUUCUGAAUCCAAGUGUCCUAUUUAAAAUAGAUAACUGGAUGAAACACUUGGAUAAAAUGGACUCUCUCAUAAUUAUAUAUACGAUAUAGAUUUCUCGAUAUACAGACAUUCUUAACAAUCUAAUUAUAUGAGAGGGACGGACGUCUUGACCUCCUAAAACUAUAUGAUGAUAUUGAGAUUUAUGUUUUAUAAAAAGACGUUAUGUGCAACAGAUAGUAUAAGACUUAAAAAUAUGCAAUUCCUAAAUGUAUUCAAAUGUUUAAUUUAACUAUCAAAAAGAAUAUUAUUUUGCUUGUAAUGUACAUUUAUUUUCGCUAAAGGGGUAAAGUUAUAUGAGUAACAGAUCUGUAAAGAUCUAUAAACAUAUUUUUUGAGGUACGGGUAAUAUAAGUGAAAUUAUAAAAAUAUUUAUGUGAUAUGUCACUUUAAUAAAUUUAUCGUCAUUCCUAUACA